CCCUAUUCCUCUCUCUUCAGACCCGUACCACCAUGUCAUUCAUCGCAGCCUUCUUGCAGCAGACCGUCUAUCUGGGCCUGCCCGAUGACUCGACCUUACCCAGUCAGGGCACUGUGACUCCUGACCCAAAUUUCAAUGUCGAAAGGGAUGUACUCAUCUUGGUUAAGGCCAUCAAUGCCAAGGGUGUGGAUGAGAACACCAUCAUUGAUGUGCUGGUGGGGAGAAGCAACACCCAGAGACAGCAGAUCAAAGCUACCUACGAAAACGCUAACGGCAAGCCUCUGGAGACUGCCCUAAAGGGAGACCUGGAGGAUGUGGUUCUGGCUCUGCUCAAGACGCCAGCCCAAUAUGACGCCCAACAGCUCAAACUGGCCAUGAAGGGAUUGGGCACAGACGAGGAUACUCUGAUUGAGAUUCUGGCCUCCAGGACCAAUAAGGAGAUCAGAGAGAUAAAGAAAGUCUAUAAGGGAGAAUACAAAAAGGAGCUAGAGGAAGACAUCAAAUCUGACACAGGCGCAGACUUCAGGAAUGCUCUGCUCUCACUCUGCAAGGCUACUAGGAAUGAGGACACCAUGGUGAACCAGGAACUUGCUGACAGUGAUGCCAGGGCCCUGUAUGAGGCUGGAGAGAAGAGGAAGGGAACAGACUGCUCUGUCUUCAUAGACAUUCUGACCACCAGAAGUGCUCCUCAGCUCCGCCAAGGUGAAUAUACACACUGCACAUGUAUACACAUUUGGUAAAUAAGACAUUGCCCA